AUGAGUGUCGAUUCUUGCUCGCUGUACGAAUUUCGGAUUACAGCUGUUUCACGGUACGGUGAAAGCAAACCAGUUUAUCUGGUGCAGUAUACAGAGCCACAGCUCAGUCCGCAGCAUAUCCUCGCUCAGCGGUUGAACGCCAACACCAUUGAGCUAUCCUGGGAGCCACCAUACAAGCGAACCAGAGAUGUAAAGGGUUACAUCGUAUAUUAUACAGAAAAUCCGAAUGCUCAUUUUUCGGACUGGGAGCGAAUAACAGUACGCGGAAGACAUGUCGUAUUCCCGGACUUACGUUACGACUGGUUCUACAUGUUUUGUGCUACAGCAUGUUUCAAGGAUGGACAACGAUCCCCGCUCUCCAGGGCGCUUUUCAUUAAAACCGACAAACUCGAAUUUCGACGAAAAUGUUAG